CAACUUCAGAUCAACUUAAAAAACAAAGCCCCGUUGAUUUGAGCACACAAGGAAGAGUACUUUUGUGGGUGUGUCUGACUACGUGCACUCCACAAAUAGUUACUAGAUCGCAACAUAGUUUCGAGGAGGACCUUACCAGAGACGCAAGUGAAAUAAUACGUUCUGUUUUGACAGAAAGUAAACUGUGAGAGCGACCGGUCGUUCGAAGUUAGUCCGUCAGUUUCAUUUCUGAGAUUGUUUGUUGUCCACUUUUACUUUCUUUGUUGUGAAGCUUUUGGACGUUAUCUGUGAGAAUAUUUGAUCAGCGGUAACAUUAUGUCAAACCUCCGGCCUAGAUGUUGUAUUUUAGGAAAGGGUUCGAAUGGCUACGGCUUCCAUCUGCACGGUGAGAAAGGGAAGACCGGACAGUUUAUCCGACUGGUAGAACCAGACUCUCCUGCCGCCACCGCCGGUCUCUUCGCUGGGGACCGACUGACGUUCGUUAACGGGGACAGCGUGGAGGGCGAGAGCCACCAGCAGGUCGUUGCCCGGAUACGAGCCACCGUGGGCAGCCUCGAGCUGAUCGUGGUAGACGCUGAGACCGCGGAGGUACUGAAGAAGCACAACUUGGAGUGCCGUAAAGAGUAUGUCACGGAGGGCAUCCCGUUACCGGGCAGCAAGUCGGGCCAUGGGGAUGAAGCGGAGAGCGAGGCGACUGCUACAUCGGAAGAGAACGGAAACUUCUCCCAACAGAGGCUAAGUGUGAGCGCCAAGGACUCGAAGGCAGAGCUGCGUCCUCGUCUGUGCUCGAUGAAGAAGGGUGUGACGGGCUAUGGCUUCAACUUGCACAGUGAGAAGUCUAAACCAGGCCAGUACAUUAGAGCUGUGGACGAGGAAUCUCCUGCUGACAAGGCUGGCCUCAAACCGCAGGACAAGAUAGUACAGGUUAACAGUAUGUCAGUAGUAGGGAUGCAGCACAGUGAGGUGGUGGCAGCCAUCAAGGCUGGGGGAGAUGAGACCAGUCUACUGGUGGUGGAUCGUGAAACAGAAGCUUUCUUCAACAGCUGCAACGUCAUUCCUACUGAGGCCCACCUCACAGGACCUCUUCCUGAACCUGUGUCCAAUGGAGGAGCAAAAGAAGAAGAAGAGGAGCUGGAUGGUAAGGUAGCAGUAAAGCCGAAGGUGUCUGUCAGUGCAUCUACAUCCAGCACCACCUCCACUGCCUCUCUACCAACAUCUGCUGCCAGCACCCCUCCACCAGAGGUCCGGGUGCCUCCGGUUAAGGAGCCUAAUGCGAGCCUCACCCUCAGCAUGUCUCUAGCCCAGGCCAAGGAGAGAGCUCACCAGAAACGCUCAUCCAAGAAGGCCCCUGCCAUGGACUGGAGCAAGAGGAACGAACUCUUCAGUAACCUAUAAAUCACGUUUCCUUCCUCCUUUCUCUCGCUCUCAAGCAUACACACAAUGUAUGACGUGAACAGUGUUAAUAUUUUGUGAUUUUCAUGUGCUAAUUGAGGGGUUUUCCACUUAUUUUUUUCAAUUAAAAAAAUAUUAUUUAACGCCACUCCUGCAUAAGAAACAAUGUAAAGAUGGAAAAACAAUGUAUAGUUUCCAUCUAGUAGAAUGAAGAAAUCAAAGAUGAUGGGAUAUAUGGAAAUAAGAAAUGAAUGUGUGUAUAAUCUUAUUGUCAGUCUAUCUGCAAUAUGAUUGGUUGCUAUACUUCCUUAUAGAAUCACGAGCUAGCUAAUAGCAAACUGGGAGGGAUUGAGUUUUUCGGACGAGUUAAGAUUAAUCAGAACUUCUUUCCAGAGACUUUCAUGUUUAGUAUUUCUGCCUGAGCGCUGGAUUCAAUCCGUAUGGUGGAAGAUCCGAGUUAUUUCUCAAUUUAAAGUUAGUGAAUUUUCCUGCAUUCACAGUAAACGCUGUACACGUCGACUCAAUCGGAAAUGACCUUUAUAUUUGAACCUGGAUCUUCUGCGAUAUGGAUGAAACCCAGCCCUUAAUGAAUGACUAACAAUCUGAAUUCUUAGCAAUACAAAACCAUCGUCUGACCAUUCAUCGCUUAAUGAGAGUUCGGGUUAGCAGAUAUCACUGAAUUUGUAUCAUUCUAUUGCUGACCACUGGUUUACUUUGUGGUGACGUUUUACUAUCCUAUCUUUUUGAAGAUGUUGACAUGUCAAUUCUUAGACUGUAGAACUCAUUCAGAAUACAUGAGAUUCUCUGUUCUAUAGGUGACAAUCAUUGUUGGUCACAUUAUGGUUAAAGGGACUGAGGUAUGUGGUUCUAGAUGUUAACCCAAAGUAAACUGUUUAACUGUAAAGUUAACCUUCCAAACUGGUGUUCAAUCACCACUAUUGUAAAAUCCUACGGUAUUUUUAUCGUUGUGAUUCAACUUUUUUUUCCUGCCUAUGUCUCGUUAUUAAAGGAUGAUGAAAUUGUUUCUUCUAGAUUUGUAUAUAACACUCAAAAUACAAUUUCCCCAUGUAAUUUAUGUCUUAAAGACUUUUCCAGAAUCUCUCUGGGUUGAAGGGAGUGUUAGCCUACUGUAUAUGUGGCAGUUAGCUCUGGUCCAAGGUGUUAGUCCAGUCAGUUAGCUCUGGUCCAGGGUGUUAGUGUAUCAGGCUCAUCCUGGAGAGCUACUGGCUGUGUACGAUACAAGGCCUGAGUUGUCAAAUGUCUUGAGGAUGACUGGUAUAAAUGUGGUAUCAAACA